AUGUCGGUUCCAACCACUCUUCUGUUUGCAAAUAGCACCAGGUUAAGUACAGAGACACCAAAGUCCCCAUCGGCUAGUAAUAGAUUUCUUUUUUGUCUUACACUAACGCUGACGUUGAUUGUGUUGGUGAGCAGCCUUUAUUCUCUGGUGUCCUUGGUGAGGAUAAAGAACAGAUCUGCGCUGUCUAUGUUAGUGGCUUCCUUGUGUGUGGAUGAUUUACUUUGUGUGGUCCCUGCGUGUAUCUUCAUGGUAAAACAAUGGACUAAUAAUUUGCUUUUCCAGCCACUGUGCACUGCCACAGCUUUCCUAUACCUGUUUCAGGGAAUAUCAAGCAAUUUAAAGGCAUGCAUAAUAAUUUCCUAUAACUUCUGCAUGGCUACCAAACCAGCAAACUAUGAAACUACCAAAAUGCCUCCUAAGAUAUCAUGGGCAAUUGUCAGCACAUGGCUUGUUAGUUUGAUAAUAAGUGCACUUCCGUUUUGUGGUUGGGGUGCUUACAGUGCCACGUCUUGGGGAUGCCUAAUAGACUGCACCAGUUCUUAUGUGUUGUUUUUAUUCGCUUUUUAUUCUUUGUGUUUUUGUGUUCUGACAGUCUUCUCGGUCCCUCUAACUCACCAGUUGCUUUGCUCGGAUAACCAGGAACGGCUACUAUAUUUCAAUUAUAAAGAUAUUGCUAAAGGUUAUCUAACCCCCAAUACACCUCUGGGCAGCAACACAUCGUCUCUGUCUCCUGAUAAUCCUGCUGGAAAAACCUUGAAGAAUUUCAAUGAGAAUUGUGUGAGCUCAGAGACUGUGUACAAGAGGAGCCUGGGUGAUCAGCAUUGCACAAGCAGCAUGAGAGGAAGCAGGAGCCUGACCGUGCUCUAUGCUCAGAAGCGCUUUUCCUUGAUACUUGCUUUGACUAAAGUCAUUCUCUGGCUUCCCAUCAUGAUACAGAUGGCUGUUCAGCACAUUGUUGGCUUUCAGAACAUCUCAUUUGAGACAUUAAGUUUCCUUCUGACAUUGUUAGCUGCAACCACCACUUCUCUAUUUGUUUUGUCUGAGCAUUGGAGUCAUCUCCCAUGUGGCUGCAUCAUCAACUGCAAAAGGAAUGCAUAUUUUAUGUCAUCAGAAGAUUGCCAAGCUAAGAAAAGAGGAUUUGAUUUCAACCUUUCCUUCAAUAAAGGCUAUGGCAUUUACAAGAUAUCCCAAGAAAAUCAUAACGCUGCAGAGAACUCUAUUUCCUACCAUAAUUUAAUUAAUUAUGAAUGUGAAAACACAAAUGACCCACGUUGUGAGAGGAUUCUCAAUUCGGCUGUACUGGAUUUCAGCAGUAUCAGUCUGCAGGACAGCUCAAGGCUAAAGGAUGUCAGCAAACUCAGAAGUCUUAACACAGAGUUAAAACCAGAUCCAACGAAAGACAAGGCCAUCGGUCGCCUCCUUUCGGAAAAAAUUGGAGUCUUUAAAAGAGAGGACAUGAGAAAUUUUGAAAAGUCUGCAUUCUAUGAAGGUCAGGACAGGAGACUGUCACAUGAGGAAAGUCGGAAGCCAGAACUCACAGACUGGGAAUGGUGCAGAAGCAAGUCUGAGCGGACACCACGACAGCGUUUUGGAGGAGCACUGGCCAUACCACUGUGCGCUUUCCAAGGGACAGUAUCCCUUCAAGCACCAACUGGAAAAACUCUUUCCUUGUCUACUUAUGAAGUAAGCAGUGAAGGUCAGAAGAUUACACCAACAUCCAAGAAGAUUGAAGUGUACCGGUCAAAAAGUGUUGGUCAUGAGCCGAGUAAGGAAGACACCCCAACCCAGUUUCAAGAUACCAAUGUCAAAAUACAUCUUGAGGUUCUAGAAAUUUGUGACAAUGAAGAAGCAAUGGACACUGUAUCUAUUAUCAGCAAUAUAAGUCAAUCUUCUACUCAAGCCCGUUCUCCUUCACUGCGCUAUUCUCGUAAGGAGAACCGAUUUGUCUCUUGUGACCUGGGAGAAACGGCUUCUUAUUCUCUGUUCAUUCCAACCAAUAAUCCAGACAGUGACAUAAACAUUUCUAUACCAGAUACUUUUGAAGCUCACCGUCAGAACAGUAAACAGCAGAACGUGGAAAGAGACAGCUACCAGGAGGAAAUACAAUUGCUGAACAAAGCUUAUAGGAAACGGGAGGGAGAUAGGGACAGUUAAAGCAGCCCAUACACUGUAGAUAGCUGUCAGACAAAAGCCAACAGCUGUCCCUCCCAACUUCCCCGUACUAGACAAGCAAGCUCUGCUCGGCUGAGCAUGCACUUGUUUUCAAUAAUAAUAAAAAUCUUUAUUUAUGGCUCCAAAAUAUUCCAAAGCACUUUACAAUCAGAGAGUUCAUGUACAACAAAAUGAUAAAUUACAUAGUGAAGAACAAGUCAACAAUUAAAACA